AUGGCUUGUACACUUUGUAUGGAUCCAGAAAAGAAACCUACCAAAUUCAGAAAAGAGACAGAUACAUUUGGCUCGUUGGAUGUACCUGACGACAGGCUUUAUGGCUGCCAGACUGUCAGAUCUAUCAUGAACUUUCCCAUCGGAGGCAUCGAAGAGAGAAUGCCAUAUGCAAUUAUUGUAGCGUUCGGUAUAUUGAAAAAAGCCGCUGCCAAAGUGAACAUUGAUUACGGACUUGACAAAAAGCUAGCGGAUGCAAUUAUGGAAGCUGCAGAAGACGUGAUAUCUGGCAAGCUAUAUAGACAGGGCCAUUUUCCACUGGUGAUUUGGCAGACAGGGUCUGGUACACAGUCAAAUAUGAACACUAAUGAGGUGAUAGCAAACCGGGCGAUUCAAAUCCUAGGUGGUAAGUUGGGUACGAAGACUCCGGUCCACCCCAACGAUCACGUAAACAAAUCCCAGAGCUCCAACGAUACAUUCCCGACAGCUAUGCAUAUAGCAGUCGCCAUGGAAAUAAGAGAUAGACUGAUGCCUGGACUCGUGGCUCUUAAAGAUACUAUAUCAGCGAAAUCGAGGGAAUUUGACAAGAUUAUUAAAAUUGGCAGAACUCAUUUAAUGGAUGCUGUGCCACUUACUCUCGGGCAGGAGUUUAGCGGUUAUAGUACUCAACUGACAUAUGCGAUCGAUCGCAUAGUCGCAACAUUGCCACGUCUUCACUAUUUAGCGCUAGGUGGCACCGCUGUAGGCACUGGCCUCAACACACGGAUUGGGUUCGCAGAGAAGUGUGCUGCUGAAAUAGCGAGGCUUACUGGCAUACCUUUCGAGACUGCGCCUAAUAAAUUCGAAGCUCUGGCUUGCCACGACGCGAUGGUGGAAGUGUCCGGAGCGCUGAAUGUAGUGGCGUGCUCUCUAAUGAAAAUUGUUAACGAUAUCCAGCUGUUAGCGUCAGGACCACGCUGUGGCCUCGGAGAACUGAUACUUCCUGAGAACGAACCAGGCUCUUCAAUUAUGCCCGGUAAAGUGAACCCAACACAAUGCGAGUCUCUGCUGAUGAUCAGCACUCAAGUUAUGGGAAACCAUGUGGCAUGCACCAUAGGCGGCAGCAACGGCUACUUUGAGUUGAAUGUUUACAAACCUUUGAUAGUUUCCAAUGUAUUAAGAUCGAUACGACUGUUGGGUGACGGGUGUCAAGCCUUCAACAAAAAUUGCGCUGUGGGAAUAAAGGCCAACGAAGAAAAAAUCAGUCAUUUCUUGCUCAACUCCCUCAUGCUCGUUACAGCACUCAAUCCUCACAUUGGAUACGACAAGGCGGCAUUGAUAGCUAAGACCGCUCACAAGGAGCGUGGCAAUCUCAAAGAGACGGCUAUCGAGCUCGGCAUCCUAUCUUCUGAAGAGUUCGAUCAGUGGGUGCGUCCAGAGGACAUGCUUGGACCUAAAUAG